UUAGAUAAAACGAUUCCUAUUGUCAACACGCUAAAACUAGACCAGUGUCUUGUGGCGCCAAUGGCUGUUUCAUGAACUAAAUCAGUCAAUAAGGGGGUCAAGUUGAAUGCAUUGCAAGAUAGACAAGUGUCCAGGGGCCCUAUUCUUGAAACUGUUGGAAUAAUCCUGCUAGAGGAAUGAUCCCAUAGUUUCAUUCCGAUAGAGAGCUAAAAGCCUAUUCUUGAAAAUGCUAUAGCGGGUAUCGGAAUCAACAUUGUCGGGGUAACGAAAAGUCUCUAUGGAAAUGAGGCAACGUUGCUUUUAGUGUUGACGUCACUGAUGGAAGGUCAAUCACAAUGAGGGAAGGAGAAUUUCUCAUGAAAGUGUGAAAAUUUUCCAAAGAUAAGUAAAUUGACCAGAUGAAACAUAAACACAUUGUUUAGGCGAGGGGUUUGAAGUCAAGAGGGGAAAGUCCGCCAUAUUGCUUAGUGAACAACAUCGUUGAUUUCGCCAUUUGAUUACAUUGCGAAUAGUUGAAAGUUUGUUAAUUUAUGUAUCGUUAAUUUGGUUUUUGAGUGUUGUAGAAGAUAACCUUUCACAGGUAAAUUGUGUUUGAUAAUUUUAGUAAAAUUCUGUUUUUAUCUGCUCUAUUAGUUGCUAUCUAUAUGAUAUUUAAGAUGCAAUAGACAAUGUCGCAAUUCCGUAGGACCAAAUGUAAUCAGACGGUAUUGAAAAAGCAGUGUUACGCAUCAAAUGUUAAUAACUGUUGGAUGGAUUAAUUGUUAAAGAACGAGAUAUUAGUGUGGGCGAUGGCUACCCUGAAUUGUUGGCUGGGGAGAAGGAUUCAAGGUUGAAGGCAUAGUUCGAAUUUAUGGAUACGUAAACAAAUAGAAAGCAUUCAGUUACCUUUCUUUGUUUAAACUACAUCUGGGUUAGGUUUCCGCGAGAUGAAGAAAGUCAAAAUAUGUGGAUUCCUACUGUACGAGGAAAAAAUUGGCAGCCAUCAGACUACUUUAUGUUCUGAACAUUUAACAGAAGACUGCUUUGAUAGGACAUCUCUAUGCUGUAUACGACUUUGGAAUCAUGCUGUGCCAACAAUAUUGCUAGAAUUCCUGUCGUAUUUGCAGCAGGUACAAAAAAAAACUAGGAAGGUAUCUCGUAGAGAUGUGGAUACAGCCAGUUCUUCCGCAGAAGUAAUUGUUGAUGGUGAAGAACUUGGUGAGAGCAACACAUGUACCAGAAGUACAUCAGUGUCGCCAGACAGAGUAAUGACUAGUCCACUGUAAGAGCAACUUCACAUCAAUCUUCGUAAGACGAAGGUUCAGUAUGCUGCAAAGGUAAAACUAUUGCAACAAAAGACUAGGAGACUCUUAAAGAAAGUUGCCAAUUUAAAUACUCUCUUAGGAACUCUCAAACAAAAAAGAUUUGUGAGUUUGGAAGAAUUAGACGUUUUGAGGUGUUUGGGUGAUUCGAAUGGUGAACUUUUGAAAAGGCAGGCUGCAAAAGCAAGUCAUUCAAAAUUACGAAGGACAUUUUCACCUGAGCUGAGAGCAUUUGCUGUAACUCUUCAUUAUUACUCUCCUAGAGCAUACUGCUAUGUCCGAAAACAUUUCAGUUCUUGUUUGCCACAUCCAAAAUCAAUUUUUAGGUGGUAUAAAUGUGUAGAUGGUGAGCCAGGUUUCACAGCAGAGGCAUUCAAAGCUGUUAAGAUUAGGGCACAUUAGGAAAAUUUCACAGUUGUGUGUGCUCCUUUGAUUGAUGAAAUGGCUGUAAGACAGCAUGUUGAAUUUGAUGGCCAGCAGUACCAUGGGUUUGUUGACACAGGCACAGGUGUAGAUGGGGAUGACCGAGAAGUAGCUAGGGAAGCGUUGGUUUUCAUGCUAGUUGAAAUAAAUGCAUCUUGGAAAAUACCAGUAGGUUACUUUCUGGUGAAUGGCGUAACAUCUGAGCAGAAACAAAAUUUAAUUGAGCAGUGCCUACUCAUGGCUUUGGAAAGCGAUGUUAGAGUUGUGUCCUUGACUUUUGAUGGUGCAGCUGCUAAUUUCUCUGUAGCAAAAGACUUUGGUUGUCAAUUGGAUCCAGAAAGACUUACGACAUGGUUCAUUCCUUCUGGCUAUGAACACCGGUAUUUGUUUUUCCAGAUCCUUGUCACAUGGUCAAGUUAGGUAGAAAUGCCCUUGCAGAAAAAAAAGGAAUUCAGCACUGCAAAUGGUGAAACUGUUUCAUGGCAGUAUGUUGUUAGGCUUCAUGAAUUUCAAGAAACUGAAGGUCUCCAUUAGCCAAUAAAGUAAGAUUAUUGCAUGUACAUUUUCAAAAUCUAAAAAUGAAAGUACGUUUGGCAACGCAAGUUCUUAGCACUUCAGUCGCAGAUGCUUUAGAUUUCUUGAGAAAUGUAAUGAAACUUUCUGAUUUUCAAGAUUCAGCUGCCACUAGUCAGUUUAUUAGAAUUAUUAAUGACUUUUUUGAUAUCCUUAAUUCCAGGAGCAUGAGAAGUAUUAACAAAGCAUGCUUAUCGACCACAUGGGUGUAGACAUAACAUAUGCAGUGCUAAAUUAAUAUAUUUUUUUUGGUUUCUCGUAAGCUCUUCAAUAUACUGCAGAAAAUAUUAUGUUCAAGAGGCUUUCUUUAUUAUUGACUUUUACAUGUUGUUUCUGUUUACGGAUUUUAAUUUGGUAAAAUAAUUAAAAAAAUUAUGUUUGCAGACGUACGAAUACUGAGACAUCUUCAGAGAACAUGAAAGAAUGUGUUCAGCCUCCUGAAGAACAUGGCUUUUGUUUACCUACAGCAUCUCCUAAAAAAAGUGAAGAAUCUCUGAAGUACACAGUAUCUGGCCGUCGCAUUGUUGACAUUAAUUACUUUUUUAACAAGCUUCAAGAAGUCAGUUCGCAUGGUCCUUUUGGUUGUACUUUAAAUAACAUGGACAUAGUGAGUGAGAAGCGACAUGGACAAAUAUCUAUUUUCACCCUUCAUUGCAAUAUGUGUAAUGUCAAAAUGUCUGUGCAGACAGACAAUCCAGCGAAACAGGCAAUGGAUAUGAACACUGCUAUUGUGGCCGGAAUGAUGUGUAUAGGCGCAGGCCAUCGCCAACUUGAAGAGUUGACAGCAGCCAUGGAUGUUCCUGCUAUGUCUGUUAACACCUACGGGAAAUAUCAUAACUUAGUGUGCGAUGGCUGGGAGUCUACAGCUAUGGAAGAAAACGAGAAUUGCAAUUGAAAGAGGUUAUGUUGCUAAUGGAAUUCCAGUUUUACCUGUUGUUGCUGAUGGGACAUAUGCAAAACGAUCUUAUAAGACUGGCAGCUACAGUUCAUUGUCUGGAAUGGCAGUGAUUGUAGGAUUUUAUACAAGAGAGGUUUUCUUCAUUAGUGUGAGGAAUCAAUAUUGUUCUAUAUGUGCGUAUGCAGAAAGGAAUGGAAAGGAAAUCAGAGUCCAUAUCUGCUACAAAAACUGGAAUGGCAGUGCAGGGAGUAUGGAAACUGACAUAAUUUCUGAGGGUUUUCGAUCCAGUAUUGAGCUGUAUAGAGUGAUAUUCUGUACGCAUAUCGCAGAUGGUGACUGCAGUGUGUACAACAUACUGUUUAAAAUACGACCAUAUCCUGAUCGCACUGUGGUAAAAAUUGAGUGCAGAAACCAUGUGCUACGUAAUUAUGCAAAUAAAUUGAAAGAAAUUGCAACCAAUGGCCAACUUCAGCACAUAAAUUUGCGGAAAAUUCUAGCUGGCAGCAUUUUAAGAAUGAGAACAGCAAUUGUGUCUUCAGUGCGGCAUUGGAAGAGCCAUACGAGUUACAGCGAACUAGAACAGCUGCGAAACUUCAGAGAAGAUGCUUUGAAUGCUCCACGGCACAUCUUUGGCGAUCAUUCGGGGUGUCAGAAAUAUUUUUGUACAGGCAAAGAGGAAAAAAUUAUUAUACCAGAGCUACGAGAGAGUGGAAUUUUGUCAUUGAUCGAGGAUGUCAAAAACCGUUGCAUUUUGAACAAUGCAAGAAGUCUCUUGAAGGACGCUGACAGCAAUUCACCAGAGCAGUUCAAUAAUAUUGUUGCCAAAUUUGUAGGAGGCAAACGAAUAAAUUAUUGUCUAAGAAGGAGCUAUCGUGGACGGAGUCCUGCUGCCGUAGUGGCAUAUAACACGAGAAGACCACUUUACAAACUGCACAAAUUCAUGUACAAGUUUAGUCCAGGAAAGUACACCAAAACACUUGAGAAUAAAAGGUCAUCACUGAAACAUAGAAACAAACCAAAAAAGUAUGUGCGCAAGAUUACCACCUACAGCUCUAAAUCCUCAAGGUUUCCCUUUGAAAGUGAUUAUGGUCCCCAAUCUCAAAAGCCAGACAUGACAUUACAACCUAGCUAAGGAAGUAUUUUUAAAAUCCUUACCCUCUACAUUUGAAGAGCGUGAGAAACUGCAGAAUGGUACCCUUUUACAAAGCGAGUGCGGCCUGUGGAAAGAAACUAGGAGAAAAUUGUUGACAGCUUCUAAUUUUGGCACUAUUUGUAGGCGUAAACCACAUACUUCAUGCCAAAAAUUGGUGGCUACAUUGUUGUAUGAGGAUUUCAAUACAGAUGCUGUGAUAUGGGGUAGAGAUCACGAAAAAGAGGCAGUGAAAAAGCUAGAAGAGACUUGUGAUGUACAAGUAAAGGCAUGUGGACUGUUUGUUGAUGAAGAAAUACAAUUUCUAGGGGCCAGCGCAGAUGGACUGAUUGAAAGAGAUGGUAUUGUGGAAGUAAAAUGUCCAUCUUCUGGAGUAAAGCCAGAAGUUCUAAGUCCUGAUGAGUUAAUUCUUAAAAGAAAAUGCACAUUUUGGAACAUAUCUCGAGACAAAAAAACUGUUACAGACAUUAAUAUAAGAAUCACCAUUUUUUCUACCAAGUUCAAGGGCAACUUCAUGUGACAAGGCGUAAUUACUGCCUCUUCGGGCUCUGGACUCCAAAUGGAAUUAAAACCACACAUAUUCACAGAGAUGAUCUGUUCUGGAAGGAUCAAAUGGAGCAGCAAUUGACAAAGUUUUACUUAAACUGUAUGCUGCCAGAACUUGUAGACCCGCGAUGACCGCGGUCGUUGCCCAUACGAGAUCCUGACUAUAUUACAAAGGCUAUGAAUGAAUUUGCUGCAAGACAGCACAAACUUAGUGUCAAGAAACCAUCAAAUUCCAGAAGAAAUAAAAGUGUACAAGCUAUUGCCAACAAUGAUGAACCCGAAUCAAAGAAGACAAGAAGAAAAUUGUGUCUUUGAAUUUGAUUUAUCACCAUCCAUGAUGAAAUCGUCUCAUGUAAGUCAUUAUAAAUAUGCCACAUGUUACGCUCACCUGAACUUUACAAGACGUUUGCAUUUGAUACUUUAGUACAAACGCAUGAUAUUGCUGUAUUGUUUUUGGGUAUGUCAUUUUAUGCAUUGUUCAGUUCUUAACUACAUACAUACAUUUCCAGUGCGAUAGUGUAACGUACUAGUUAUGUGCUUACUACAUUGUAUGUGAUCCCAAAACGAAACAAUUGCAGUCAUAGUCAUACUAUGACAGAUCAAGCAUACUUUAUGAAACCUCUGUAAUAAUCAUCUUGUACAUGUUGUAAUAUGAAGAAAAUUUCCUAGAUAAAUUGAAGAGAAAACAUAUUUUCGCUACUGAAAACACUUCUGCUUAUAACAUAAUUCAUUAAUGCAAUAUAUUUUAUUGUGAAAACAAACAAAACUAGUGUAUUAAAAUGAACUAUAUGCCAAAAUAUAUGUAUGGAAUGUUUAUGGCAGCAGAUGAAAAAACACACACAAAUUCUUGCAAUAGUUCCAAACACUUCUAACAAAAAAACUAUAUAUGAUAAAGCAGUUGCCUUUUAUUAUUACUAAUAUUUAACUUUUGCAAAGUACUAGGCCUAAUAUAGCAUUUUAGUUUGGUAUCAAAGCUUUAUGUUCAGUUAUUUAUAGAAAAACCUAACCAUUUUUUAAUUUUGAUUUACUUGCCAUUUGUUUCUUUUCUUGUGCUUUUAAAAUAUAUUUAGGGUCUCUGCAUUUCAUUUUCCUCUUUAUGCAGCUAUCUAUUAUUUCAGGUAUCAUGCAUUCUAAGUAGAAUCACGUCAGCUUUGGUAGUAUCUUGUCAUGCCAAAAUUGUUCAUCUUUAAAAAUUCUUUGAACAAAGAAGUCAUUGCUGCUGUAGGCAAUGAAAUCGCAAUACUGUUUGUUUGAAAUGUUAAGCUGUCCCUGAAUUUGGUAAUGAAAACUGUGAGAUUUCUUGAGAUGCAGACUACCGUCUUGUUCUUCUAAACAAUUCAAGCGCUUUCCUUUAAGUACAUCUAAAAAUUUAUUUUCACCAAUAGAAGGAAAACAUUUUACCUCUACAAUGCUAUCACUGCCUACUAGAGCGUCUGGAGAAGCACCGAAGUAGGGCACUGUCUGAGACACAAAUAUUUCACACUUUUCUGUAGUCACGUCAGUGAUCUCUUCAUAUUUGCACAGUGCUGUUUUUUCAUGUAGCCUUCCAAAUUUAAUCACCUCAGUAUGUAGUUCUUUCUUUAAGAGAAUGUUCUUCACAAGAUUGUGGCAAGAAGUAUGAUGUAAUCUUCGAAUUACUAAUCCAAAACUGGAUGCUGUAAGACGAUUCAGACGUGUUGUUCACCAAAGUGCUUUGUCGUGCUGGCCUUACGUAUUCCUUUUUAAAGCGAACAGCUUAUCAUGAGUACAGACAUCGUCACGUAAUUUAUUUAGUAAUUCUCCCGCCUUCUUCUGCAUUUCAACUUCAGGUAUGUCUGGCUCUAAGCUUUCUGCUCUGUAAUUGUUAUCUAAAGCAAUUGUACCUUUCUUCUUCUUUUUAGGCCAUUUGGACUUAAUGAACUUGUUGUUCAGACAUUUUCUGAAUUUUUCACGCCUAGAGCACAAUAUUUUCAAAGUUUUUCCUGGACUUCUUCCACACAUUUUUUUCCACGCAAUGGUGUGCCACGAUGGACCUGAUGAAUGAGAGAUUCCUGCUCCAAUGACCCUCUUUGUGUAUGGUCAACUCUUUUACCACCACAGAACUUUGAAACGAGACUCAUAAACCUGAAAAUAAAAUUGGUAAUAUUUCGUGAGAAAACAAGUUUAAAACUUGGUUUGUUAUAAGCAAAAAUAAAUAAGUACCACACACUCACACAUAGGCAUACAUGACAAAAUACUAACGUACCUUUCAGCCUGAUUUGUUGUUUCGUUUGCAGUCAGUCUAUCUGCAUUACGAGUAAUGCGGUCCAUUAGUUUCCUAAUUUGAUUCGCUAAGUUGCUUGACUCUAGGACUGGCAUAAUGUCAUGUUCACCGAUGGUUUUGCAUUUGCAGAAACUGCCGCACUUAUCAUGUCUUCCACACACAUGUUCAAGUGCAUUCGAUACAUCAGUCCUGAUAGCCACACAUGCUUCAGCUUCAUCUUCUAGGGUUGAAGCAGAUUUUAUUGCAGUUCUCACUCCUUUUACCAGACGUUCUAUUCUCGUCACUCCACCUACAGCUUCAGUCAGAACACGUCUUCCUUGUAGUGGAUAUGCAGUGUUUCGAGCUUGUUUAUGUAAGCCAUCACUGAAUGCCCUCGUAAUAUGGUUACUGCAUUCAGUUUUUUUCCACAUAGCGGCUGUAGGACACCUGUUCUUCAAUGCGAGCAAACACACUGGAGUCACCAUCCCCUAUGCAGUUGAGGUAUAGAAGUCCAUGGUUGUUCGAGACUUUUAUUGAACCCUUCCACAAUGAUGCUCUGCUCCAUAUUCUUCUUGUAGCAAAUGUGAGGUGCUAUUGUUUUACCUUCGGACUUGCUGCGAGCACACAAGAAACAAAAACUGUUUCUUACCCCAAGGUAAAGUAGUUUUUUAGUUUCCAUGCCAAUAAUUACAGCCUGUAAUAAUAACAUAAGUAUUAAAAACUUUGUUUUCAUUAAAACACAAUACGAAUAAUUUGUUAACUUUUAUAUAUUGACUAAAAUUAAUAACUUAAAGUACUCUCUUUUAGCUGAAUUUCGUAACUAAAAUUAUAAAAAGGAAGGCAGACUACAAAUGGAAAUAUUCCUUUCAGCACAGCCUAAAGGUGUAGGUAGAUGGAAAUACCCUUUACUGCUGGAAAUUUUAUGUAAACUUCUAUAAACAUCUGGACCAAUUAAAUAACUUAAUAUAUAACAACCUAUAUCUUAUCCAAUAUUACAUUCCGAGAAAAUGUUUCCAGUGUUUGGAACCUAAUUCAUUUCGCACUGAAUAAAUAGCUAACAAAGAAUUUCAUUUUAUGUAUACUUUAUCUUAAAACACUAUUUUGCAUCCCUGGCACUAAUACGUGGUCGUAUAAGAAUUUGCUUUGAACCAAGUUUUAAGAUAAUAUUAAGAUGUUUCUAAUGUAUU